GUUUACUACAACUCGGAGACACAACAACACGAGACAACAGCUAGAGUCAUUGGAUGAAGAAUCGCUCAUGCUGGAUGGAGUAACUACACAAAAUGAUGCAGAUCGCAGCACUACGGGUGGAGGCGGAAGUACGAUGAUGGAUAGCUGUAGAGCAGUGAAGAUAAGAAAUGCAGCUUCGACUUCAAGACCCUUUGCUCAUCGAGAAACAAGAGAAGAAAUACGCGUUGAAACAGCUUGUAUUGCCCAAGAAGGGAGUCAACACCAUUGCUCAACAUCAAGAACAACAUCAUCCCACGUAGGUGCCAACUAUGUCGAACAAGCGGCUGAUGCGCGCACUUCAGCAAGAACAAACCACGUACUACAAGAACAAGGUAAACAAGCCACGACCACUCCGCAUGAUAUCAAUCUCCUUUCUCGUACUCUAUCAUCCUCCUCUUCCAGGCCACCCAGACUACCUCAGAAGAAACCUUCCGCAUCUUCUAGCAAACAGGCAUUGCGGAUAUCCUCCUCAGCUCUGGAUGCCAGUAGUUUGAUGCAGAAACUGUCUGCUUUGUCCAGCCUCCAAGAGGAAGAAGAACAAGCAUCUACGACGCCUUCCGUGAGGACGCUAAGCGCGCAGCCGGAAGGUGAACAAGUAGACCAUCAGAAAUCAUGCCAUCAGAAAUCGUCAUGUGUUUCUCUCUCGAACCCAGAACAAGAACUUCAAGCACCACAUGCUCCGUGUCUACAGGAGUUGCGUCUCCCCUGUAGACAACAAGGACCCCGCACAACAAGUAGUAGUAGUACCACGCCUAUUAUAAUAGCGUCUGCGUCAUCUCCUUCUAUUGCAGGAGCACCAGCUCCCGCAACUACAGGAUCAACAUCUUCAAGACCGAGGGAAAUCCACUUAACAAGAACGACCCGUGCUCUAACGACGGUUGGCGAGUUUAUUGAUCUCUCCGGAUCAUCUAAAGCUCCCACCUUAGAGGUUGAAGAAGAAGAGGUAGGCCAAGUACGUGGAGACUGCCUUCCCUUUUCGCCGCUGCCGAAAAGUGGUCAAGGUAGUAGUUCUGGAAGUGGCAGAGGUCGGGGAGGCGCGAUCUGUCGGAGACAUGUGGAUGCUAAUGAUGUGGGAGAAGUGGAUCAUGCAAUAGUACAUGUUGCUAGUGCUAGACGAGGGCCUAGGGGACCUGGAAUUGUAGCACGCACAAUGGGUGAGGCUCCUGAGGGAUGUGUGAUACAACAUCUUACUACCCGAGGAGAGGAAGAAACAGCUCACGUUGGUAAAAGCAGUGGUGAAGAACCAAGGGGAGAACAUCUUCAAGCGCGUCACGAAGAGCUACUAGAGCGACUUUGCUCUCCACCUACUCUUCAUCUACAAGAAAAGAUACAACAGGAUGGAGUGAAAAGCAUGAGCAAGAACAUAGCUGAAGGCAAAACCUCCAUAGCUGAAGGUCGACUAAGCGACCGUAGCUCGUCAAGCGGUUCGGUUACACAAGAUCCAGGUAUUGGGGUACAUGAUCACAAAGUCACAGGUUCUUCGCCUUGUUGACCAUAAUGCAGUCAUAGUUAGGAUGCUCGCCAAAGAUGCAGGAGCGAAACCGAUCAUAUGGAUAUCACCUUACAACUGCUACUGGUUUGUAGCACUUGUUCGGUUGCGAAACGCAAAAAAAAUCUUCAAGUUCAACUUCUGAUAAAACCUAACUCCUACCUGUAGUUCUUCAUGUUGUUAUCCACCACGACGAGUACUAUUAGAUUAUCCACGACGAAUACAAUUAGAUUAUCUACUGAUUUUCCAGUAAUACCAUGACCACACGCAUACAAAAUGAACGAAGCGCUACCAUGAAUUUAAUACACUUACACACGCUCCUCGCGACACACUCGUAUUACAAGUACAACACUUUUUACUAACUUGAGCUUCACCUUCAUGUUUGUUUCAUGUUAUUUGUUCAUCAUUGGAAUUUGUCUCUUGGCUUUCCACCUCAUUGGGUAUCAUAUUCAUCAACUUUUUCUCGAUUAUACAAACAUUUUCUGUCAUGUUUCACGACUUGAUGAACGCGAUAACUUCAGUUUUCCCUCGAAUCCGAAAAAUUUAACCACCUCAACCAAAUUUAACCACCAGAUAAGUGACCAAUUAAGCUCGACGACACAUUCUUGAUUACCAGGCAGAUCAUGCAUCAUUCUCUAUCAAUUAAAGUCACCUAAAGAAGACAGUAAGGCAUAUUACGCUCCAACAAAGUGUAAAAGAAGAAUCAAGAAGAUUAGGAAGUAGGCGCAUUGAAAAAAGGGUUAAGAAGAUCAAUGAUAAUUCUUGAACUUGAUCCUGAUGAAGAAGAAUGAGCAGAAGUCUUGUGUGGGGUCCCUAAAAAGACUGUGGUAUAGACCAUCGAAUGAGGGGCUCAGAGAGGCAUAGACCACAUGUUCUCUGGAACUCAUGAACAAGUUUUGGUUUUCUAUUGUGAAAAAUCUUUCUUUUUUUGGCGCAUUAUCAAUCCUUUUCACCUCCUCUAUCAUGCUAUUUG